AGCACAGCAAAAACAAUCAACAAAACGCAAUUAAUACAAAUUGUAAGACAGUGGCACAAAUAUUGCAUUUAUGCAACAAUACACGCACUUAAGUAUUUGUCAUAAGUCUUGCACACAUACAUGCAUACUCACACACACACGCAAUCACACAUACACAUUUUCAACGCCGCUGGCUGUAAAGGCUUUGGCAGCAGGCAAAGAAAAAAUAAAUUACAUAACUUCUAAUUAAAUUUUACUGCAAAUUUGUUGAGGUAAAGUUAUAUUUCGGCAUAAGUAAGUUACGUAUUAAGCAAACAAACGUAAGUUCUUAGCGUUAGUUACAUAAGUUCGGAAUGUGCGCUGAAACGCAAUUAUUGCAACGUCCCUUGGCUCGAUGCCUCCUCGUUAAGUAUCCAUCCGUAUCUGUAUUCUAACCACAAAGAAUGUAGAAAAGCAAAAGUAAAAGAAAAUGAGAAAAAGAAGUAAUAAUUUAUAAACAAACUCCUUGCACAGCGUUUUGAUCCAAGUAACGUUUUGUAUUCAUGCGUUCAAGUUCAUUUUUCCAUGCAGGACGAACAAAAUCCGCUUCCAACCGAUUUCAGUUAAACAGUUACAAACAGCAGCAAAGCAAAGCAAAGCAAGCACUUAAUACAUAAAACGCACGCGAUCCACCGCACCACACCGCGCGACCAACGAAUCAAACCAGCUGCGACAGGCUGACGCAGGCUGAAAAAAAGGGUGGCAGCACCUUGCGGACAACCACAACAACAACAGCAAACAUCAAUAACAUCUCAGCGGCAGCAGCAACAACAACAACAACAACAACAACAGCAGCAGCAGCAGCAGUAGCAGCAGCAGCAGCAGCAGUACACAUAACGGCGUUCGCUGGAUAAAGCAUACAAGUAAAUUUUAUAAUUCUUAUUCCAAAUCAAAAUUUCUAACGAAACCAAGUCAAUUGCAAUUGCAUAAGAUUAUGAAUUUCGGGUGCACAUAUUCGAAUUGCCUUAAUUCCCAAAGAGUGGCCACAUUUAUUUAUAUCUGUUGGUUGCCGCCGGCCCUGCCACACAGCCUUAAGCUUUUAAGCUGUGCGUGUGGUUCUUAGUGGUCCGCUUGCAAAAAAAAAAUCUAAACUGCACCCUUCAACUGCAGACAAGGUCACGCAUCCUUGUUGCUAAAAAUUAUGAUUGUUCUUUCAUAUUGUGCGCAAAUCGUUUUAUGGUAGAUAAUUUCGCACUAAUCUGUCGCGUCGACUUGAUUCAGUUUGGCAACUCUGCCAGUUCUGUUAACAGCAGUUAACAGCUACAAAGAGAAGGCAAUAUAUUGCCGUAAGUGUAUGUGUGUGGCGUGUGGCUGCCUCCUACUAAAGAACAUGCAUAAUGCAUGAGGCAACCAAAUUGAAAUGAACACAUCUGGUCACACACAAUCAGGCAAGCAGCAGGCAAUCAAAAUGUACAUAUACAUGCAUAUGUUUUGAAAUACUUGACGGCAGAGCAGCAGGCGUCGCCAUAUCGAAAACCGUAUCAAGAAAUAUAUUGUAUAUUGUGUAUAGUUUGAAUUGCAGAUCGUCAACCGCAGCCGCAGCCGCAGUCGCAGCAGCAGCAGCAGCAGCAGCAGACUUGACUGGUGGCAGCCGUAAGAGACGGACAAAUAAACGACAUGUCUGCGGCACGUUUACCAUAUUAUCAACAACAGCCGGCGGAGCAGCAACAACGCCGGCGCAGCGGCAGCCGUGGUCGCGGCGGCCAGCGCUGCGUUGGCUAUCAGGAGCGGAACAGCAACAGCCGGCGCGAACGCAGCCGUUCCGCUGAACGACGUCGCUAUAGUCGCAGUCGCAGUCGCUCAGCGGAGCGCCAGCGUCGACGUCACAGUCGCGAUCGGGGUGAGCGGCGUCAUCAGCAUCGUCACCAUAGGGAUUCGCGCGAUCGUUCAUGGGAGCGCGAGAAGGAGCGGGAGCGUGAACGCGAACGCGAUCGCGACCGCGACAGGGACUACUCCAGACGCAGCUAUUAUCAGCGAGAUAGUCGCAGUCGUUCCCAAACGCCACCGUCCUCAGCACGUCGACAGCAGCCACACGGCAGCACCAGCAGCAACAACAACAACAACAAUAACAACAACGGCAGCAGCAGCAGCAGCAACAACAACAAAGUCAACAGAGGCAAUAUCAAUGUGGAGGAUGCGGUGCGUGCACAGGGACCGAUGAAUGGCAACGGGUCAAACAGGGACAAUGCCAUGUCUGCCGUAGGUGCCUACUACAAUCUGGACACGGACGAGCCCUUCGACAAGGAGCGCAUACAUCGCGAAAUCGAGGAGAAACUGCGCGAGACACUUGCGCGCGAAGGCAAGGUUUAUCCGCCGCCCAAGCCGGAGGCAUCGCAUCCAGUUUUCGCCAACGACGGCUCAUUCAUGGAGCUCUUUAAGAAAAUGCAGGAGGAACAACAGCGACCGCAGCUACAUCAGCAGCAGCAGCAUUUCCCGCAGCCGUUGCCGCUGCCGCUGCCGUUGCCGUUGCCAAUGCAACCGCAAUUGGAUGCCGCCACAGCUGCUGCCACAGCGGCUGCGGCCGCAGCAGCUGCCGCGGCCGCCGCAGCGCUAAGAGAACAACAACAGCUGCUGGAGAAUUGCGCAGCAGCAGCCAGUCCAUUUGGACCAUUGCCAGCGAUAGCUGCCGGCGCGGCCAGCACACCGGCUGCGCCCUAUAUAGCCGCAGCGGCGGCUGGCAAAUCGGCGCCGCCGCCACCGUUGGUCGGACGACGACGCGGUGGCAAAAUCUUGAAAACGGGCGUCGUGGCCAAACUGAAGACGCCCAGCGAACGGGACGUGGAUCCCAAGGAUUUCUGGUCGCUUUAUCUGGCCGAAGUGAAUAAGUAUAAGAGCAACGCCUGCGAUACGGACAAUGGCAAGCGGCCGCUGGUUAAAUAGGAUAUCAGGAUGCGGAUGCACACGACCACACCCAUACACACACACCUACAACUGCAACUACACACACAUAUAUAUAUUAUACACACACGCACAACAAACGGAAAGAUGAACUUGAACGCAGCAGGCCGCAAAAAAUGUUACAAAAAACGAAAACGCUUUGGCGUUAGCUUUAGAAUCUUGUCUCGCACACGCGCACACACACGCACACACACACACCUACAGCUAGACAUACAUAUAGAUAUAUGCAUAGAUAUAUAUAUAUAUAUAUAACCAUAUAUCGAUAUAUCCAUAUGGAUUUUCUUUUAAGCUAAGUGCAUAUCUUUUCUCAUUCUCAACAAAAACACAUUGUGAAAAAAAGAGAGAGCGCGAGAGAGAGAGAAAGCUAUUGGGUCUCAAUUUCUUUUUAGAGUUUAACUAUUUUAUGCCCAUAAUCAACUAGUUUAUAGAGACAACAUAUAUAUAUAUAAUUUUGGGAGCAUAGACGGGGCAGAUACGAUAAAAAAAAACACACACAGAACACAAACUGAAUAAAAUAUGAAUUAAUAUACGUAGCGUACGUGUUUAAGCAUUAGUUUGUACAGAUUUCUAUGUAUUUAAAUACGUAUCUAUUUAUGGACUAUGUAUUCCUUUGACUAAAACUAAACUUAUGUAAUUCGUAAUGCUAGAGAAGAGUGUAUUAUGUGUGUGUGUGUGUGUACUUAUAUAGAAAAUCGACAGACAUGAAAUGAACAUGGAACUAACGUAUUAUCAUACUUUAUAUCUGUCUCUUUUUCUCUCAACUUUCCUUUGUUGAACAACAAAAUUUGACUUUGAAAUUGAAAUUGUUAACAACAUUUAUUUGUUAUAUUUGCCUCUUAAUUUAAGUUACAUUUUAACUUUACUUUACUUAACUUUACUUAACUUUACUUUACUUUCAUCGAAUCCAUUUGAACAUAUACUUAUUAUUAUCUAUAUUAAUUGUGUCUCGCCCUGGUUUAUAAUACUUUUUGUCUUUUGAAUUGUGUUUUUUUUUUGUUUUGCUUUGUUUUUGUUGGUUUCCGUUUUCAACUAAA